AUGAUUCCUCGAUAUUACGCUACAUUUUAUAUAGUCCCGGACGAAGCGGUCAAGUGUCUUAGCUACCUUUACUACCUCUACCUCGGCGGAUACGAGUAG